UUGACGUAGAAAAUCGGACGUCAUUCGAGAACUUCAAGGUCAUAUACAUUUUCAUUUUCCAUCUCAAAUAUUUAUAUUUAUUUAUCGAGUUGAAUUUCGCGAAGUUUACAAGAUCCUUCUCUUUCCAUGAUAUGACGUUUGUACAUUUUAAAUUACUAUUUCAGAAUUUCUUGGAAAGUGACUAACUUAGAAGUUUUGGUAUCGUAAUAUGGAUUGUAUCAACAUAAAAGUCGAGGCAAAUGGAAAUGAUGAAACUAUUGAGUGUUUAGAAUUUGGAGAGGACUUCAAGACUCAUUCAGAAAAAAAGGAAGAUAUUGAUAUUUCCGAACAAUUCAUUGAUGAGCUUGGUGUUCAUGAGAGGGUAGAAAACUCGAAACAUUGUGGUGAAAAUAACUUGGAACAUCCAUCAGAACACAAGUGUUUUCAUGAAGAUUCUUUAAAAAGGGAACAAUCACCCCAAUUCAAUGUAGAAUCCUCUCAUUCGGAUGUGAAGCAACAUAAGUGUCACAUGUGUGAUUAUAAUACAAAUCGUAAAUAUCUACUGCAAAAACAUAUAACUUCAGUUCAUUUAAAAUUGAAAGAGCAUAAGUGCCACCUGUGUGAAUAUGCUGCAAAUCAGAAAAUUAAUCUCAAACGACAUAUAGAUUCUGUACAUUUAAAUUCGAGGAAACAUAAAUGUCACCUGUGUGAUCAUGCUGCAAAUCAUAAAUUAUAUCUCCAACAACAUAUCAAAGAUGUUCAUUCAAAUUUGAAGAAACAUAAGUGUCAUCUGUGUGAUUAUGCUUCAAAUCGUAAUAAUUUACUUCAACAGCAUAUCAUUUCAGUUCAUUUAAAAUUGAAAGAACAUAAGUGUCAUAUGUGUGAUUAUGCUGCAAGUCAGAAAAUUUCUCUUAAGCAACAUAUAGAUAUUGUUCAUUCAAAUUUGAAGGAACAUAAGUGUCACCUGUGUGAUUAUGCUACAAAUCGUAAACAUUUACUCCAAAAACACAUACAUUCAUCCCAUUUGAAAUUAAAGGAACAUAAAUGUCACAUGUGUGAUUAUGCUGCAAAUCAGAAAAUGCAUCUUAAACGACAUAUAAAUUCUGUUCAUUUGAAUUUGAGAGAACAUAAGUGUCACCUGUGUGAUUUUGCUACAAAUCGUAAGCAUGCAAUCCAAGAACAUAUAGUUUCAGUUCAUUUAAAAUUGAAAGAGCAUAAGUGCCAUCUAUGUGAAUAUGCUGCAAAUAAGAAAAUUACUCUCAAACAGCAUAUAGAUUCAGUUCAUUUAAAACUGAAGGAACUUAAUUGUCACCUUUGCGAUCAUGUUGCUAGUCAUAAAAGUAACCUCAAACGACAUAUAGAUACUGUUCAUUUAAAUUUGAAGGAACUUAAAUGUCAUCUGUGUGAUUAUGCUACAAAUAGUCAAUACUUACUCCGACAACAUGAGGUCUCAGUUCAUUUGAAAUUGAAAGAGCAUAAGUGUCAUCUAUGUGGAUAUGCUGCAAAUCAGAAAAUUAAUUUGAAACAACAUAUAGAUUCAAUUCAUUUGAAAUUGAAAGAGCAAAAGUGUCACCUAUGUGAGUACGCUGCAUAUCGGAAGAUUAAUCUCAAACGACAUAUAGAUUCUGUCCAUUUGAAUUGAAAGGAACUCCUCUAGAUGUCUGUGCAGUUAUGACAAAAAUCGAAAAGUUCAUCUAUUAUGACAUAUAAAUUCUGUCACUUUUGUGAUUACCCUACAUUUCAAUACAGUACCCUCAGUAAGGCUGUACAAUAUAAACCAAAUAUUUGAGAGAACAUUCGAUGAAAUCCGACUACACUAACUGGAUGAACUAAACUGGUUGAUAAUGCAUGCACCCACUGGCAUUAACCCAUUUGUACGAUUGUUACUUAUAGUUAAUGUAGCUAAUGCAAUAUUAAAUCUCUACAAUAGUA